GUGCCUCCGCGCGGCGGCGCAGAUCCUUUCGCGAUUGGCUAGCACUGCUGCGCGUGGGAGAGACUCCUCAUCCGAUUGGCUGACGGGGCCGAGCCGAAUCGGCGCGCGCGGGCUCGGGCCGGCAGUCCGCCAUGAACUGCCUGACGGUGCCCGGUGUCCAUCCCGGCUCUCCCAGCCGGCCCCGCGGGCAGAUACAGGUGAUCUUCGGGCCCAUGUUCUCCGGGAAGAGCACGGAACUCAUGCGGCGAGUGCGACGGUUCCAGCUCGCCCAGUACCGGUGCCUGCUGGUGAAGUAUGCCAAGGACACGCGCUACAGCUCUUCAGGGGUCUCCACACACGACAAGAGCACCAUGGAGGCCCUGCCCGCCGGGCUCCUGCAGGACGUGUACCAGGAAGCGCUGGGUGCCGCCGUCAUCGGCAUCGAUGAGGGCCAGUUCUUCCCAGACAUUGUGGAGUUCUGCGAGACAAUGGCCAACACUGGGAAAACCGUCAUUGUUGCUGCUCUGGAUGGGACUUUCCAGAGAAAGGCCUUUGGGAGCAUCCUGAACCUGGUGCCACUGGCAGAGAGCGUGGUGAAGCUGAACGCGGUGUGCAUGGAGUGCUUCCGGGAGGCCUCCUACACCAAGAGGCUGGGAGCGGAGCGGGAGGUUGAAGUGAUCGGAGGAGCUGACAAGUACCACUCUGUGUGCCGAGCCUGCUACUUCCGCAUGCGACCCCAGCAGGCCGGGCCAGAGAACAAGGAGAACGUGCCCCUGGGGCUGAGGCAGCUGGAGACAGCUGUCCCUCGCAAGAUCCUCACUUGACUGCUGGGACAACAGAGGGCAAGGGAGCUCAGUGCUGUGGCUCACAGGCACCGGGCCUGCCUCUCUCUACUUUAACAAACUGUUCAGUGCCUCAGCCUUUCCUACCCAACCUCCCCGCACCAAGCGCCACAACUGAGGAUCCACCACGCCUGAUGCUGGUGGGAGCUGAAGCAAAAGCCUGGCUAGAGUGAGUUCCCAUCUCAGAACAAGGAGAGAGACCAGCACAGCUACUGGUGCUGCCACACACAGGCCCUGGGGCACUGCAUGUGGAGCCAGGCCGCAGCGCUGCCGCCGCUCGCCGUGGCUCUGGCCAGCUCUCCAGUGCUCUAAGCGUGCUCAGGCUGCCACUGCUGCUUCUGCUGCCUGUCCAUGCAGCCCUUCUCUCUUGUGCACUUGCAAAAUUCCUGGUUUCUCAAGAUAAUGUACAGCCAUUUGUGUUUUUAAUGCAAUUUUUAACUUCCUUCCUUAACAGUCUGAGGUAACUUGUCCCUUGUCACAGAGCUGUGGCACAGUUUUAAACUGACACACACGUCAGCCCAGCCCUGGGCAGGCCCCCAGCCUCUCUGCCAGCAUGCUCCCGGGUGUCAAUUAUUGAAACAGAAGGAGGCCUGGCAGCUGACUCUUCUGAGGCGUUGAACCUCAAAGGGCUGCCUGUGUUCUAGCAGGCUGUGGCAGACUCGUUUGGAGGAACUGGUCCCAGGGAGAGCCUCCUCCAAAUUCAGGGCAGUUUUUCUCAGGUUCAAGGCUGGUGCUGCCAUUUUGGUGCUAUGUCACCUGUGAGGGGUUUGGAGGCUCAGAGUUUCAUCUACCAAGAUUUAGACAAUUAUUCUAGGGAAGACCCAGCUGCCUGGUAAUGGGGCUCUCCUGAGGAGCUGCUUCUCCAGUCUAGUCAUGUCUCUUGCUUUCUUCUCAGCCUUCCAAAAUUCUCGAGGCUGACUCUUAGUCUGCUCUAAGCUGACUGAAGGAUCCUCUUUCCUCUUUGUUAGACUCAGAUUCUGGAAAGUUGUUGUUUCCUUAUUGCCUGCAAAAGUGUGUUUUUCUCCUGCAAGUGGUUUUUGCCCAGCAUCCACAGGUUCCGAGCUCCAGAACAGCUUUGUUCUGGCCAGGCCAGACCUCUGCAUCUGAGUCCAGGGUUGCUAUUUGCCUGUGCCCUGGAAGGCUCCAAGAGCUACCUGAACACCCCCUGCUGCCCCCAUGUUUCAGGUGAGAGUUAUUGUAUUCACAAGCACUUGACUACCAGGCCUGGGCUUUCCCCCUAGGGCUGGGGAAGGCUCUGCUGCUGCUUUAGGUUAAUAAAUAAUUUAAUGAACCUCUGUGUGUAUUUUUUACCAGAGCAUUCUGCUAAGUCUUCCUGGCAGUGACCAGUGAGACAGCAUGGGCUAGUUGCAGGGUGGGAGGGCUGUUCACAGGCCUGGUGUUGGAGCUCUGCUCAGACCAGGCAGCAUGAGGAGGGUGACCUAAAAAUAGCCACCAGCAUGAGUGUGCUGUUUGCAGCACAGCAGUUGGCAGGGCUGCACUCCCCCACCUGACACCCCAAGCCCUGGAGGGGCAGAAGGCAGGAGCCUUUUCUGCUUCCCCCGAACCAAAAGGCACAUGGUGGCUCACAUAAUGGCUUGGUGAAAAAGUUUAUUCCAACCCUACAGUGACAACUACUCGAAGGCUGGCCCCAGCAGUGAUGGCACACACGGCUGCUGGGAACAGCUUUACCACAGCACAGCAGCAAACACAACCUGAGACAAUGGCCCACAGGCUCCUGGUGUGGCAGGAGUGCAGGAGGGAGCUGUGGGCAGAGAGCAGGAGCUCAGCCUCACAGCCGCACUUGGGCAGGCACACAAGGGAAGGAAAGUGCUCCAGGAUGUCCUCAGCCACAGCCCUGCUGAGGGAUCUCAGUGCUCACUGCUCCCACAGACCCCAAAUGGCAUCAUCCAAGCAUCAGCAGCUCUAGUGCAGGCUGGAGGAAGGCACAGCAUGGCAUUAGAGAAGAGGGGGCUUUGGCAAUAGCUGGCCCAGAAGCAGCCGCUGGGGAAGGCAAGGGAAGGCUGUGCAGGCAGGAGCUGGGCCUGGCUGUGCUGCAGCAGCGAGACAGCAUGUGGGGAAUGCAGCCAGCAGGGCUGAAAGGCACCAGAGACAGGAUGCACCAGGGCAACAGUCACAGGGGCAGAGCCUGGCCAGGGUCAGGGGUGUGAGCUGCAGCCCACCACCAAGGCACCACAGCAAAACCAGAGGCUUGUACGUGCCAGGGCUGCCUGCACACCCAACCUGCAGCUGCACUGCUCACCCAGCAGCUGCAAAUCAUUGUGUGCCAAACCACCUACCAAAUCACACAAUGGGCUCUGGACCCUCCAGUCAGGAUCCAGCUCUGGGACCAGGCAGAAGCCCCUCCUGCACCCCAUGAAAAGGCCCA